AACAGUAACCCAGUUUUGUGGCCGUGGAUACGUCGCUACAGGGGUUAAACGUGCACACGGACUACUAAAAAGAAAGACUACUAAUAUGAAAAUAUUCUGAUGUGGUUCGCGUUGCGUUUGUGGAGUUCGGAGUGGCGAGGAAAGCGGCGCAUUGACCUGCAAGCUGAGUCGGGUUCGAGCAGAUGUGAUCGAAGAAUUAAGGGACACAUUAACUGGAUCGUUAGCUGUCAGUCUGUUAUUUAAGUGGUGCAUGCAAUACUAUUUCACAGACAAGACUACCAGCCCUCGUCGCUUUGCCAAAAAAGCAACCUAUUUUCCCGUGGGACGUUUUUUUUCCGGUGACAUAACCCAGCCACCAUGGAUAUAUUGGAGUGUCCGCUCUGCCUUUUCCUGAUGUGCGAGCCGGUGACCAUGGCGUGCGGCCACACGUUCUGCCGGAGGUGCGUGGGGGGCUACCUGCCGUCCAAAUGCCCGGUGUGCAAAGAAAGGUUAAAACAAAGAGACGUGAAAAGCAUGAAGAACAACAUCAUGCUCAUCAGCGUUAUCGAGAAGUGCUGCCCCGACGAGACAAAGACCAAGUGCCAAGUACAGGAGAAGCUAAAAUCCAACGACUUCACGGAAGCUUUACGCAUCGCCAACGAGGGGUUAAACUUAGUCCCACAUGAUCAGAGUUUGAAAGUGUACCGAGCUGAAGCUAACUGGGGCCUGAUGCGCUUCUCUGAUGCUCUGACAGACCUCGACUACCUCUGCUGCCUUCGUCCUAACUGGACUGAGGGCUUUCUUCGUAAAGGGAAUGUUCUGCUGGAAAUGGGUCAGCAGACAGACGCCCUCAUCCAGUUCCACCGUUGCCUAAAACUCCAAGCUGACUUUGCCCCUGCGAAGAGCCAGAUCAAGAAGAUUCUGGAGGCAGAGGGACAGGCAGUGCCGGAGGAGGGGUCCUGCAUCUUGCAAGUGUUGUCCGAGUACCUGAAAGGGACCUGCCCCAUUACCAGCCUCAGUGGCUCCCAGGGGCCAACUCACCCUGACAAACAGGCAUGUGGGGACGAUGGAGAGGGAAAAGGGAGGAGAGAGGCACACGAGGGUUCCAAGGUGAAGUAUGAUACGGGUACAGAGUGCUGCCUCAGCCUGUGCCAAGCUGUCUCCUUCCUCCCUGCUGCUGAAGAGGACGAGGAGAUGAUGAUGAGGAGGGAAGAUGGGCAUGGCCAGGGUGAAAGUGGUCACAGCAGGGAGAAAACUCUGAGUGUUCUCACCGUGUCAGACUUUGAGUGCCCUCUCUGCAUCAGGUUGUUUUAUGAGCCGGUCUCCACUCCCUGUGGCCACACCUUCUGCAAAAACUGCAUAGAGAGGAGUCUGGACCACAACCUGCGCUGUCCCCUCUGCAAACAGCCCCUACAAGAGUACUUUAAAAACAGGAAGUACAACCCCACGGUUCUGCUUCAGGACAUCAUGACCAGUCUUUUCCCUUCGCAGCUGGCAGAGAGGAAACAGGUCCAUGAAACGGAGAUGGCUGAACUGUCCAAUCUAACUAAGGACAUCCCUAUAUUUGUGUGCACGGUGGCGUACCCCGGCGUGCCCUGCCCCCUGCACAUCUUCGAGCCUCGAUACCGGCUGAUGAUGCGUCGCUGCAUGGAGACUGGCACCAAAAAGUUUGGCAUGUGCAGCUAUGAGCAUGGCAAGGGGUUUUCAGACUUUGGCUGCAUGUUGGAGAUCCUCAGUCUGGAGGUGCUGCCUGAUGGACGCUCCUUUGUGGACGCAGUGGGAGUCAGCAGGUUCAAGGUGCUGAGGAGAGGUCAGCGAGAUGGAUACAGCACCGCUGAUAUCGAGUACCUGGAGGACCUGAAGGUUGAAGGCAGUGAGUUGGAGGUUCUGGAGGGUCUCCAUGACAGUGUGUACCAGCAGGCUCAGGACUGGUACCAGCGCCUGGCCGUCCGCAUCCGCGAUCAGAUCAGCAGGCAGUACGGCACCAUGCCAGAGAAGGACGAGAACAUUCAGGCCUCUUCCAACGGGCCGGCCUGGUGCUGGUGGCUGCUGUCCGUCCUCCAGCUGGACCCUGCCUAUCAAACCACCGUCCUGUCCCUGGCCUCCCUCAAAGACCGCUUGGGACACCUCCGCCUCGUCCUGGAGUACUUUUCUCAGAGCUAGACCCCCCUUAGCUCACUGGUAUUGUGACAAUGAUAAACCAAUGAAUCCAUCCACACAGAGAUUACAGUUGUACAUUUGGCUGUUUUGAAGUUUGCAUGUGUUCUAUUUCUUACACCGUCUUCUUCCCCAUGGGUUCAGAGUAUUUCCUGAACACACGUUGUACAUGGCUGACCAAAGAUGCUUCUUACUUAGGUCGAUCGAAGGUGGUGAAUUAUUAUUUCUUGAUCAACUAAAUCAGUUUGAAAGACUAAGCACUAUGUGUCACUGUUUUUUCUCUCAAUUGUAAACAUGAGGAACAUACAGCGUCAGCCAAGCUAGGACAGUAUGCUGAGCUGUUAUGUGUUGCCUAUUCAAAUCAGACUCCUUGCAUUAAAAUAGCGUGGUUUGGGAAUUAACAUUAAUAGCACACACACUUUGUAGAGAUUUAUAGACAAUUAUUUCAGGACUAUGCACAUCAUUAUCAAAGUGAUUUGGUUAUUAGCCAUAGGGCACUGCUUGUAAUUCUGAUUCUUUAGUUGCAUCUAUUGGCCUUGGCAACCAUUGACUAUGGCUCAUUUUAUACGAUUUAAUAACCUUAAGAGAUCCCUAUUUAGUAUUAGACAUUGCAAUACUAAUUUGUAAUUUCACAUGAAAAGGCAAUGACUGGAGGAUCUUUUUUUAAUAAUGAGAACUGCUGCUGGGUGACUUUCAGGAUUUGUCAUCAAGUGCUGGGAAAAGUCUGUGAAAUGAUGACAUUGAGGAGAUCAGUGAAUGGUAGGCGUGCUGUACCAGCUUUGUUUUACAGUAUAAACCUGUGUGAUGAUGCAGCACUGUAUGUAUGUAUGUAAUAAGUAAUUUUUCUCUGGAGCCAUUUUCCUGAUUUUCAUUAUCCGUUUUUUUAAAUGUCAUAUGGUGCGGUGUCAGCAUUGAACAUGGCUACUGUCAGUGGUCUGGCGUGAAGCCAGGACAGAGUGUCUUGUGCAGAGAUAGCUGUAACAUAAUGUAGUGAGUGUUUGACCAGGUGCCUGGCCCCAGCUGCAUCUCCCCAUCUGUGUGGCCCCUCUACCACCAGACAUGGUGCCUUUGAGUGCCUGGGCUAACUCAGCAGGAGGCUACAAGUCUUACACACGUUCUAUGAUAGACUGUGCUUUUGUGUUUUAUUUGGUGAUUUUUAUUUAACAUAGUGCUAUACAUUCCAUGGAAUGUUGAAGCAGCAAUGUGGCGUAUAGUUUACAAACAAAUAAGAGCUUUUAAGGAAUACUUCCCCCACUAAAGGGCAAUGUUAGUAGAUGGUUUUUCCCACAAUUCAUCAAGAAUGUUUUCCGGUUUUUUAUUCUUUGUAGGCAGUUUUCUUCAAGAAUUCAGAGAAAGUAAUUGACAUACAAAUGGUCAUUUUGGGGGUGAAGUAUUCCUUUAACUGAGUGAAGCCUUGAGCUUUUUUUUACCUUGAUAAAUGUGCCAUAGAUAUAUCCAUGUUAUGUGUUUUUAAAGGAAUAGUUAACUAAAAAGUGUUUAUGUUUUCUUCACCAUGAACUCUGAGGUUAGUCUUCAUCAACCCUCAUGCCUUCUGUAUGGUGGAUACUCUUCAUGGCCAACAUAUCACGUUAAACAGUCUGAUUUGAAAACACACUCAUAGAUACAGUUUGUGUGACACGGUAAAUCAGCCCUGCUAGUGUGGUAAAGAUAUAUAGUAGAAUAAAAUGGGUAAUCGUGAGAUAUGCUCAGAAAUAUUCCACUUGGGCCAGCCAAUGGAAAGACUGUUGGAUAGUGGAGCAGCAUUACCCACCCAAUACACAGACUGACUAUUGCACUCCUGGACACUUACACUACUUAAGAUCAAGGAACACUGUCUCUGAAGAUGGAUGAAUCGACCUUUGUUAAUAAGCUGACGUUUUUAAAGCCAUCCAAGAAUGAAAUUGAAGUGAAAGAUUUUAUGGUGCCAGAUAUCACAACACGUUUUUAAGCUAUAAUUGUUGAUUUCACUGAAAAAUACAUCUUGCUGCUACCAGAACAUUCAAUGUUCUCUCACAGAUAAAAAGGGAUUGAGAUUCUUAUAUAAUAUUUGAAUGAAUUGCCUUGUAAACCCUUGUGGUAACUGCAUGACUACAAGCCCACAGACAUUGAGGCGAAUUCCUCUGCCCUAUCACUUAUCAGAACAUUUAUUGUUUUGUUUUAUUUUCUGGUGCACAGCUGCAGUUUGUCACUUUUUCUCUCUUUUUCAAAUCGUUCAUAUUUUGCGUGUCUCUUUUAUUACUUGUAGAUGCCAACUUUCAAUGAAUAAAAUGGUGAUCACAGUAA